AGAUGUUCCAGAACGUCUUGUGAUAACCGCGCAAUUCGUGUUACUUAAUUAAAGGUGACCCAGUUGCUCAGAGGUGUAUUGGAAUAUGGCCUUGACCUUUGUUUCCAUCUUGCUCUUCCGUCUCUCAAUGCUUCUGAUUUGUGGAGCCGAAGACAACCUUGACAAAGUUGAGUGGAUGGUGUAUCAACCAUUAGCAGUGAACUUGACGUGUUUCAGGAAGUUGAACGGGACAAAUGAAGCCGGAUGUGGCUCCCAGCGCCGCGGAAAUGUUGGAGUAGUGCACGUCGUGAGUGAGGAUAAUCUUGAAAAGGACGUGGAUUGGAUAUUGUAUUCUGGCCCAUCCCCACCUUAUUCUGUUGCGAUGGACUGGCAUCUCGUAUCGACAGAUCUGGUCGAUAAGUUAGGCAGCUCCAAGCGAGUCAACGGCUUAUUAUUUUUUCAAGUUCAUGGUGAGAGUGAAAGAAAUGGUGGGAUCUCAGGGUAUACCGAAGACGACGCUAGUCCGAACUUCCGGUCAGGUUUAUAUGAACCCGGUAGUCCGUAUUAUGGACACAAGUGGAUUGUCAAUGGUACGGGCGUUUCGUGGCGGAAUUGGAAAAUCCCCAUCGCUAUUAUGCAGGAUAACUCUAGUCGAAGUCAACUGAUACAUGAGUGCUUUGAAAAGUUCAACAAACCGGUGACAUACAAGGAAAAUAGCAUUGGUCCUUUGUGUGCGAUCGAAUUCACCAGCCGAAUGUACGCUGCCAAAGAUACGCCGACUUGCUUGCGUCGAACAGAUGCUCCCUUUAUAUUAUCUCCACGAACUGCGAAUCAAUGUCAUGCGCUGGAGUCACUCAACAUUCAUUCCCCUAUCGUUGCCAAAGCGCAGCCGUUCGUAUAUCCAGAUGGAUCAGUGACAGUAAUCGCUGCUCGGAUGGAUACGACUGCCAUGUUCGAGCACGUGGGUCCGGCUUCCGACUCAGUCGUGACUUCGAUUGUUAGCUUUAUGGCGAUUGCCGAAUCCCUGAGUUCUAUCCGAACAGAGUUGGAGAAACUGAACGAGUUCGUCCAUUUGAUGCUCUUCAAUGGGGAAUCGACGGAGUAUAUCGGGUCCAGUAAGAUGGUGUAUGACAUGGAGAACAACGCCUUUCCGUCCGUUGCGAGCACUGAUCCGUCGAUGAAUGCAAUGGCUCUCAUGAAGAUAAAUCAUAUCGGUCGUUGGAUUGAACUGGACCAGGUCGGGACGGGGGAUCCCAAGAAAUUAUUUGUCCAUUUCGAGCCAACUUCUCAAAGCGACGCCUCAGUUAAUCAGAAAACCAGUGAGCUGAAAACUAAACUGAAAGAUGCUGCGACAGGCUCGGGUUUGGUUGUCGAGGAAGCUAGUAGUGGAACAUCCGGUCUUCCUCCUAGUUCAUUGCACACUUUCUUGAAGAACAACAAGAAAAUUGCUGGGGUUGUUCUUUCCGGUUACAAUGACCGGUUUGUCAAUCAGUACUACCACAGCUUUAAGGAAACACCCGAAGCAACUUUGAAUUACUCGUGUGGUACUGAUACAGUUCAUGAGGACUUGUUGAACAGACUGGAAACAGUAUCCACAAUUGUGGCGAAAGGUCUAGCCAAUCUUCUCGGAGUAGCACCUCCUGCGUCCCCCAACCGAGAUAAGAUGGCCGCCAUGUUGGAUUGCUAUUUGUGCGAUUCCAAUUGUAGCUUAUUCUUCAACAUUUCAUCGCAACGUUAUCGACCCAGAUUGAUGCCUGGCGUACCAUUUCCCUUGUAUACAUCUGUGGGAAAUUUGGCAGGAUUUGUUUACGAUGUUGUGAACUUCACACGACGAUUACUUGUGUCGAUUCUGGGAAGUGAAGUUCCGAAUGUUUCGCAGAAAGAAUGCAAGCAGAGCGAAAAUGACGUGGUUAUGACUGGAAUCAGAACAAUUAUUCCACCUGGACUGAGAGUUACUCCGGCAUUCCAACGGCAAGAAUAUUCAUCCUUCCAUCGACUGAGCAAGAAGUAGGUAUUUUAAUAUCUGGAAUAGGUGUGACAUUAAUUUCACUCCUUACCGCGUUGUUCUGUGUCCAAAGAAGAGAUGUAAUUUAUAGUUCUCAAUCAUAAUUUCCAAUCGUUGAUCGGCGAAGGCUGUGAUAAUCUUUUUUUUAAACUAUUCAUUUCGUUCCUUCUGUCGUUGUCUUGCUCGCUAUUGUCUGUGACCUCAGAAAUGAAAGGUUUUCCAAUUA